AUGAAUGGGGAACUCUUCCGUGCUUUGGAAUUUGGUGAGGUUCCUCUUACCUUUGAAGAGUUUCAGCGGCAGUUCCCGAAUUCGCUAAAAGAAGUUACUUUCCGGGGAGAUACUCCUCUUCACAUUGCAGCAAGGAAAGGCAAUCUAGAACUUGUUCAAGGGAUUCUUGGACAUAUACCCUCUUUGGCUAAAUCUCGGAACAAGGAUGGCAACACGCCACUCCACGAAGCUGCCAAAAGCAGUAAUCUAAACGUCGUCGAGUGUUUCCUGCGACGUGAAGAUAGAUCUGACUACCUGCAUUACAAUAAGUUUAGAGAGACACCUCUGGUGAUAGCUUCGCAGUAUGGCCGCGUGGAAAUUGUUGAACGUUUAUUGGUGCCGGAGGCCAGGUUAUCUGAAGAUCUAUUUGAAUGGGAUCGAUCUCUUCAAAAUGCAGCUUACAGGGGAUAUGAAGGUGUAGUUAAGGCAAUGCUCAACAGAAUACCCAGUCAGGUUAAUAUUGCCACGAUUCUGCAUACUGUCGUGCAAGGAGGACAUCUUGUGUGCGUACGGGCAGUGUUAAAUCAUCGUUCGUGGCAGAUCGGCUCAAUGAAGGACAGUGAUGAGUGUGGAAGAUGCGCAGUUCAUGUGACAGCCAUGAAAGGCCUUUGGAACAUAAUCGACGAGUUUAUGAACAGAAUGCCAGAUUCCGUCGAAAUCCGCAGUUCAGAUGGUAAAUCUGUACUACACUUUGCCGUCGAACAUAAUCAAAUUCAGCUAGUGCGGAAUCUCCUUGCAAAUAGGACCGAAGAUAAAGCAGUGGAAAUGGUGAGCCGCGAUCAUGACGGUUCAGGAAAUACAGCAUUACAUAUCGCAGCAGAAAAAAGAGUGGAUCCCGAGAUAUUGGACCUCCUCCUGCCAUUUCGAGGUGCCAAUAUAAAUGUGCUGAACGAUGAAGGCAUGAAUGCACUUGACAUAGCAUCUGCAGCACCUCAAGACAACCCCAAUUGUGCCAGAAUCGUAGAAAGACUGGAAGCUGCAGGAGCUGUAAGGUCGACUAUUAUACCAAAAUCCAAUACUUCAAAAGACGAUAGUAUCAUUAGUACACACAUGGUGGUGGCAUCACUGAUUGCCACCAUCACUUUUGCGGUCAUGUUUCAAAUCCCAGGGGGGAUUGAGGAUGACAAAGAGAGUAUACAUUAUGGAGCUGCCAAACUGGCUUUCCAUAAAGUUUUCAGAUUGUUUUUAUUCUCUGACACUACGGCCUUUAUCGCUUCCAUAGCAGUGGUUGUCGCGUGGUUACUUAAACAACAUUUGAAAGCUGCUUUUUGGGGGGGCUCAGCUAUGGAUACGCUGUCCGAUUUCUCUGAGGCAAGCUUGCUAGUCUCAAUCUGUUGGACGGUGGUAGCAUUUGUGAGUGCCACCAUCGCCGUCCUAAUACCCCAUGAUCUGGACAGCUUGAAAAGUAGAGAUAGGGAGGUUUUCUCGAAGUAUGAAUCGCUCUUGACAUACGAGAUCGUUCUUGUACUCAUCACACCAAUUGUGGUCGCACUCGCGUUUCUAGUCAAGUCAGACAAACGGGGAAUUAAAAUUCUACACAAAUCGGGAACUGAAAUUCUAUUCAAGUCCGAAAAAUGGGGAAUUAAAAUUCUAGACAACCGGAGAACUAAAAUUCUAGACAAGUUCGAAAAAUGGGGAAUUAAAAUACACUCGCCUAACAACAGUGACGUUUUUGUAUACGUGUAUUUACAAAUGCUACUGGACCACCUCCUGCCUUAUCGAGGUGACAAUAUAAAUGUCCUCAACGACGAAGGAAAGACUGCACUUGACAUAGCAUCAGAAGCAGCUCAAGACAACCCCAAUUGUGUUACAUAG